GGCCCCAUGACGCGGUGACACCGGGCGCCGCCCACCGCCCAGUGCUUAGCUAGCGGAGCUGUCAGCGCCGUUAAAACACAACCAGCAGACAGCUAACAGACAAGUUGUUGCGUGGUGAGUGUUUGUCCUCCAGGCUGCGAUGGCGGCGGCGGUGGGACCUCCGGGGCCCAGGGCCACAGACUGCGUGACCAAGGUGGCGCUGACCAUCUCGUGUGACAAUCUGCUCGACAUGGACGCGUUCUCAAAGUCCGACCCUAUGUGUGUGCUUCUCAUGAACACCUCAGGGCCCCACUGGUGUGAGAUUGGUCGAACAGAGAAAAUCCAGAACUGCCUUAAUCCCAAGUUUUCCAAGACUCUGCUCCUUGACUACUACUUUGAGAUGGUGCAGAAGCUGAGGUUUGAAGUUUACGAUAUCGACAGUGAAAACUGCAGUCUGCAAGACGCCGACUUCCUGGGAGAACUGGAGUGUACCUUGGGACAGAUUGUGUCCUCAAGGAAAAUAACAAGACCACUUGUUAAGAAGGACAAGAGGCCAGCAGGGAAGGGCUCCAUUACUAUCUGUGCAGAAGAAAGAACAGACAACAGGGUGGUGGUGUUUGAAGCUGCAGCCAGAAAACUAGACAAGAAGGAUUUCUUUGGGAAGUCCGACCCUUUCCUGGAGUUCUACAGACAGACAGAAACUGGAUGGCAGCUGGCUCACAGGACGGAGGUGAUAAAAAGCAACCUAAACCCAGUAUGGAAACCCUUCCGGAUCCCGCUGCAGUCGCUCUGUGGGGGGGACGUGGAGAAAUCUAUAAAGGUGGACUGCUACGACUACAACAACAGCGGAUCUCACGACUUUAUCGGAUCCUUUCAAUCCACACUUAGCCAAAUCCAGCAGGGAUCACAAACAUAUGCGGCUGAGUUUGACUGCAUCAAUAGCAAGAAGAAACAGAAGAAGAAAGGAUACAAGAACUCCGGUGUCAUCAUCAUCAAGCAAUGCAAGAUUGUGAAGGAGUAUACGUUUCUGGAUUACAUCAUGGGUGGCUGUCAGAUCAACUUCACUAUUGCUAUUGAUUUCACAGGUUCCAACGGAAAUCCCACUUUACCUCAGUCCCUCCACUACAUCAACCCCCAAGGCUAUAAUGAAUACCUGGCAGCUAUCUGGGCAGUCGGUAACGUCAUCCAGGACUAUGACAGUGACAAGAUGUUUCCAGCUCUUGGUUUUGGAGCCCAGAUUCCUCCAACGUGGCAGGUUUCCCACGAGUUUCCCAUCAACUUCAACCCAGCGAAUCCAUUUUGUGAAGGAAUAGAGGGUGUGGUCACCGCCUACCAGCAGUGUCUGCCUCGGGUGAAGCUUUACGGCCCCACAAACUUUUCCCCCAUCAUCAACCACGUGGCCCAGUUCGGCAGACAGGCCCUGCAGCAGCAAACGGCCUCACAAUACUUUGUCCUUCUGAUCAUCACUGACGGGGUGAUCACAGACAUGGAUGAGACACGCAGCGCCAUCGUCAGAGCCUCUCAGCUGCCCAUGUCUAUCAUCAUUGUCGGGGUAGGAGGGGCGGACUUCAGCGCCAUGGAGUUCCUGGAUGGAGACGAUGGAAUUCUGCGCUCGGCUACAGGCGAGCCGGCCAUGCGGGACAUUGUCCAGUUUGUGCCAUUCAGGCAGUUCCAAAAUGCAGGCACUCCAGCCCUUGCACAAAGCGUACUGGCAGAGUUGCCUGACCAAGUGGCCUCCUUCUUCAAUUUAUUUGACCUGAAGCCCCCCAGCGAACCCAGCCCUUCCUAGAAAUGUAGGAGCACCCCGACCGACC